AUGUCUAUAGUCAGCACGCCGUGGGUAGAGAAGUACCGUCCGCAGACGGUGACAGACAUUGUGGGUAACACCGAGGCGAUUUCGCGUUUGCAGGUGAUCGCGAAGGAAGGUAACUUGCCGAACUUGCUUCUUUGUGGACCGCCCGGCACCGGUAAGACGACGAGUAUGCUCUGCCUCGCACGCGACCUGCUGCUUCAGAGUACCGACGCCAGUAGCGCAGGGACGUCAUUGGGUGGGUCCACGAAAGAUAUUCUCAAGGACGCGGUGCUAGAGCUGAACGCCAGCGACGAUCGCGGAUUGGACGUGGUGCGUGAGAAGAUCAAACUCUUCGCCCAGACUAAGAAGACGCUGCCCAAGAAGUUUUUCUCUACAGGCGAGGGGCCCACCAGGGAUGAGCAUGUAGUCCACCUGCACAAGAUUGUGCUUCUGGAUGAAGCGGAUAGCAUGACCCCAGCUGCGCAGCAGGCAUUGCGUCGCACAAUGGAGCUACACAGCAGCACAACGCGGUUCGCCUUUGCCUGCAACAACAGUAGCAAGAUCAUUGAGCCUAUCCAGUCCCGCUGCGCUGUUGUCCGCUUUAAAAAGCUUAGUGACGCGGACAUAUUGAAGCGGCUAGUGUACGUCAUCCAGCAGGAAAGCGUCUCCUACACCGAUGAUGGACUGGAGGCGCUCCUGUACCUCGCUGAGGGCGACCUGCGGCAGGCGUUAAAUUCCCUCCAGGCUACACACACCGGCUACGGGCUCGUGAAUGCUGACAAUGUCUUCAAGGUGUGUGACCAGCCGCAUCCGGUGCUCGUCGAGAACAUCAUCACGGCGUGCAUCACGAAGCGCAGCAUUGACGAGGCUCACAAGGAGAUGAAUCGCCUGCUUAACCGGGGUUACGCCCCGGUAGACGUGAUUGCCACUUUUUUUAAGGUCGUGCAGACAAACGCGCGCCUUUUUCGAAGUGAGCUGCAGCAGCUGGAGGUGCUCAAAAUAGUGGGCGAAACGACGAUGCGCAUCGCCGAGGGUGUGGGUACCUCGCUGCAGCUGGCCGCGAUGCUUGCACGCAUGAUUACCGCUGUGGAAAACACUGCGUCAUAG